AUGUUGGCCAGAUUCUCCAGAACGUGGCAGGUCUCUGCCAGAAAACAACUUCAUAGCACCCCAAGGUAUCUUGAUGCCGUGGUGGUGUCUGGAACGAAAUUGGCCAAGUCUAUCAAACACCAGGUGGCUCAGAAGGUCAUUGAAUACAACCGUGAACAGUUCCCAUCGCUUGAUUUACCCGUCACCAAUGACGGUAUUACCUUCGAACAACUUACCUUCAAGCCUCAGUUGACCAUCAUUCAGGUCGGUAGCAGGCCAGACUCCUCCGCUUACGUGCGUUCAAAGCUCAAGGCUGCCCAAAUUUCCAACAUUCAGCUGAAGCUUGUGCAAUUCGAUGAGGACCUCACUGAGGAGGAAUUGCUUGAGGAGGUUGACCGCUUGAACAAAGAUCCUAAAGUCAAUGGUAUUUUGAUCCAGCUUCCAUUGCCCAAGCACAUCAAUGAAACGUUAGUUACCAACGCCGUUGCUACUGAGAAGGAUGUCGAUGGCUUCGACAGAUUCAAUGUGGGAGAGCUCUCCAAGCGUGGUGGUAACCCCAAGUUUAAGCCAUGCACCCCAAAUGGUAUCAUGGAGCUUAUCAAGACCACCGGAGUCCAAUUGCGUGGUAAGUCUGCUGUGGUGAUUGGCCGUUCUGACAUUGUUGGUACCCCAGUUGCAGCCAUGUUGAGAAACGAAGAUUGUACUGUCACUGUGUGCCAUCGUUAUACCUAUGAUUUGCCCUCUGUUGUUCGUGGUGCCGACGUGGUUGUUGCUGCCGUGGGUAUUCCAGAAUACGUCAAGGCUGACUGGGUCAAGGAUGGUGCCGUGGUUAUCGAUGUCGGUAUUAACUACAAGGAGGACUCUUCUGCCAAAAACGGCAAGAAGCUCGUCGGUGAUGUUGCCUACGAGGAGGUGGCCAAAAAGGCUUCGUACAUCACGCCUGUUCCAGGUGGAGUCGGCCCAAUGACUGUGGCGAUGUUGUGCUCCAAUGUGUAUGAUGCUGCCAUUGCUCAAGCCAAGAAGGCUCACGACCACAAAUUCAAGCCAUUGCCUCUCGAAUGCAAGCGCCCUGUUCCAUCUGACUUUGACAUCUCCCGUGCCCAGAAACCAAAGAAAAUCACCAAGGUUGCUCAAGAAUUGGGUCUCUUGGAAGCCGAGCUCGAGCCUUAUGGCCACUACAAAGCCAAGGUUGACCCUAAGAAGGUUGCUGAACGUUUGGACGAGCAGCUUGAAGGCGACGCCUCUUCUAGAGGACACUUUGUUCUUGUGGCUGGUAUCACUCCUACUCCAUUGGGUGAGGGUAAGUCCACCACCACUAUUGGUUUGACUCAGGCUCUUGGUGCUCACUUGGGCUUCAACUCUAUCGCCAACGUUCGUCAGCCAUCCAUGGGUCCUACCUUUGGUGUCAAGGGUGGUGCUGCUGGAGGCGGUUACGCCCAGGUGAUUCCUAUGGAUGAGUUCAACAUGCACUUGACCGGAGACAUCCACGCCAUUUCUGCCGCCCAAAACUUGUUGUGUGCUGCUGUCGACACCCGUAUGUUCCACGAGGCUACUUCCAAGACCACCAAGGGUUUCUACAAGCGUUUGGUGCCUGCCAAGAAGGGCAAGCGUCUGUUCACCAAGCAGAUGUUGGCUCGUUUGGAGAAGUUGGGUAUCAGCAAGACUAACCCAGACGACUUGACCGAGGAGGAAAUCGAGAAGUUCGCCAAGCUCAACAUUGACCCUGAAUCCAUCACCAUCAAGCGUGUGGUUGACUGUAACGAUAGGUUUGUUCGUGAGAUCACCAUUGGUCAGGGCAAGAAUGAGGCCGCCAAGUACCCACCUCGUACCUCUGGAUUCGACAUCACCGUUGCCUCUGAAAUCAUGGCCAUCUUGGCUUUGUCGACCUCUCUCAAGGACUUGAGAGAGCGUGUUGGUAAGAUUGUUGUUGGUACUCAAAAGGACACUGGAGUUGCCAUCACUGCUGAGGACAUUGGCUGUGCCGGUGCCAUUACUGCUCUUUUGAAGGAUGCCAUCAAGCCUAACAUGAUGCAGACUCUCGAAGGUACUCCUGUUUUCGUUCACGCUGGUCCUUUCGCCAACAUCUCCAUCGGUGCCUCCUCCGUCAUUGCUGACAGAUUGGCCUUGAAGUUGACUUCCCCAGCCAACCCUAUCAACAACGGUAAAAAGGGUUUCGUGAUCACUGAAGCCGGUUUCGACUUCACCAUGGGUGGUGAGCGUUUCUUCAACAUCAAGUGCCGUGCCGCUGGUGUUUCUCCAGACACUGUUGUUCUUGUUGCUACCUCCAGAGCCUUGAAGUUGCACGGUGGUGCUUCCGACGUCAAGCCAGGUCAGGAAUUGCCCGCCGAGUACACCACUGAAAACUUGGAAUUCUUGAAAAAGGGUUGUGCCAACUUGGCCAAGCAGAUCUCCAACAUCAAGCAGUACAACGUCCCUGUUGUUGUGGCCAUCAACGAGUUUGAGACCGACAGCAAGAACGAGCUCCGUCUUAUCCAAGAAGAGGCCUUGGCUGCUGGUGCCGACUACGCUGUUGCUUCUGCCCAUUGGGCCGAGGGUGGUUCUGGUGCUCUUAAGUUGGCCGAAGCCGUUGCCAAUGCUGCUGCCAAGAAUGAGACCACUGACCAGACCUUCUUGUACGAUGUCAACUCUUCCGUCGAGGACAAGUUGUUGGCGAUCGCCUCCAAGAUGUACGGCGCCGAGGCAAUUGAGUUGUCUCCUUUGGCCAAGAAGCAGAUCGAGACCUACACUCAACAGGGUUUCGACAAGUUGCCUAUUUGCAUUGCCAAAACCCAGUACUCCCUCUCGCACGAUCCAGCAUUGAAGGGUGUUCCUACCGGAUUCACUGUGCCUAUUAGAGAGGUCAGAUGUAGUGCUGGUGCUGGCUACUUGUAUGCUCUUGCAGCCGAGAUUAUGACCAUCCCAGGCUUGCCCACCCAUGCGGGUUACAUGAAUGUGGAGGUGAACGAUGACGGAGAGAUUGAGGGAUUGUUUUAG